AAACCCUUUUAUAUAGCCCUCCUCCUUUUCCCCCCGCUCGCUCUCUCUCUCUCCCCUACACCCCCAACUUUCUCUCUCUAAAACUAUAGAGAGAUACAUGCUGUAUCUAUACCCAUGGCGGCCAAUUACACUAAUUCCAUGGCGCCGGCGUACAAUAUGUUCAGGAACGAGACGACGCCGGGCUACACAGAGCUGGAGAAGCGGCAGUUGUUCCUGAGAAGCUAUCAGUUCUCUCGGAAGCAGAGCGCAGGGGAGAGAAUCAGGAAGUCUCUCUUCAGAGUGAAGAAGGCGAUCUGCGUUCGCCUUAGAUCGGUGAGGAAGCUGAGGAAAAUGCUGUGGUUCAACCUCAGAAAUGGCUUCUUUCUCACCACCAGGAGAAGAAGGUUUUUUCGGCGCCUCAAUCACCACCAUAGUAAUUACUUUUGCCCUAGUUCUUCCAGAGGAAUUUCUUCGCACUCUUCCUGUUUCUGGUAGGAUACAACCUUUUUUUUAUUAUUUGUUAUUUUUUAUAUUUCUUCUUUUUAGGUUCUUUUAUAUAUAUAUAUAUAUACAAAAAAAAGUUGUGUAAAAUUUUCAUGUUGAUUUGUUCAUGAAACAGUAGUUAAUUUGCUACAGCAGUUUAUCUGCCAGUAUAGAUAUGUAUAAACAAAUACACACACAAACAUGUGCGCGCGCGCGCGUGUGAUCAUUGACUCUGGUGAAGUAUUUGAUGAGAUAUAGGGAUGGCACUGAUAGCCAUAAAGAUUUAGUUUAGAAGGUAGGUAAAAAGAGCUCUACGCUCAAGAAACGCAAAUCUGUGCUGCUCCCAUUGGACAUGAAUGGUAGAAAGCUUCUACGGAAUUCAACACUUUCUGGAUCCAGACAAAUAUGUUAUAUAAUAUUAUUACUAUUAUUAUUAUUUAUUGUUUUGGUCAUCUGAAA